ACCAAAUUACAUUACCAACUUUGAAAUCUUAAACCCCUCUUUCUCUCAUUUUUUUGCCCCCUCACUCUGUCUUCUUCAAUGGCAAUGGCCGUGAAACAACUAUUUCGGCCGUUCGCAACCACAAUCCGAUGUCGGUCGCAGCGUCUCAUCCAUUCGGUUCAACCCAAGUUUGCCUUUUUCCACUGCUCCACUUCCCAUAAAACCCUUCUUUGGUUGGGAUUUUCUGAGUUAUCACCCGUAACUUCUUCAACUCCCCUUCAAAGCAGGAACAGUCGUAGAUUCAGUACUUCAACUGGGGCUUCGACUCCCCAUCAAGUCAACGAUUCAGGAUCCAUUGACUCACCUUUGAUGCAAUCUAUGGAAAAUAAGAUUAGAGAUGAGCUGAAUGCUGAAUCUGUUGCUGUAAAAGAUGCUUACGGUGAUGGUCGGCAUGUCAGCAUCGAUGUUGUGUCUUCAGCAUUUGAGGGAAAAACAGCUGUAAAUAGGCAGAGAAUGGUGUACAAGGCUAUAUGGGAAGAGCUUCAGAACACUGUGCAUGCAGUCGACCAGAUGAUUACUAGAACACCUAGUGAAGCAGCGGACAAGUGAUAUUAUUUGGAUUAGUAAUUAAAACUGGUUGUUUGAUUUUGAUAAAUUAGCUGGAUUGUUGUAAUUUUAUUUGGGCAUGAAAUAAAGUUGGUGACAUUUCUCCAGCUUCUGAUUUGGUGUCUUUGAAAGGUGUAGAGUAUUUGUGCGAGCUAAUCCUAAUGAAUGGUUUUCAUGCAAUGAUAUCAUUUGAGACA